AUGUUAAUGUUACUUUGCAAGGAUGUCGAGAAGGUGUAUAGGACUCUAAAGAAAGUUGGUGUGACGUUCGAUUUUAUCUGUAGUGACUUUUGUAACUCACGUCACCUUGAGGGAGUGAAUGUCACGGCUUUAGACGAAACAACACUCCAAAAUGAAAAGGAUGAAUUCGUAAUUCAAAAUGAAAAACCAGACAAUUAUUUCGAAUCGAAUGAAGAAGCGGAUUCUAACGAACGAGAGGGCACAAAAGAAACAUUUGAAUUCCAGAUAAGAUUUCUUUCACUCACCGACCCCAACGCUCUAGCCGCAAAUUCGAAUUUGAACAUUACAAUUUUACCUGAUCCGGAAAACAAAAUAUUGGUAAUUUCUGAUAGUGGAGUGGGUAUGACAAAGAAGCAACUCAAAGAAAAUUUGGGGACAAUCGCCAAGUCUGGAACUUCGGAAUUUUUGAGUGCCAUUGAAGACGAUAAAGCUGACGUGAAUCUAAUCGGACAAUUUGGGGUUGGGUUUUACUCGGCAUUUUUGGUUGCUGACAAAGUAAUAGUUACCACAAAACACAAUGACGACGAUCAAUACAUUUGGGAAUCAAAAGCUGUCAAUGAUUUCACCAUCUACAAGGAUCCAAGUGGUAAUACUUUGGGUCGUGGGACUCAAAUUAAACUAUAUUUGAAAGAAGAUUCCCUUUCAUUCCUUGAGGAAGGUGUUAUUCGAGAUCUCAUUGCGAAAUAUUCUGAGUUCAUUAAUUUUCCAAUUUGGCUAUGGACCAAGAAAACCGAGAUUGUCGAAGCCGAUGAAACAGAGGUCGAUGAGACGGUAGAUGAUAGUGAGAAAAAUAAAGAUUCUGAUGAGCCUGACAUAGAAGACAUAACAGAAGACUCAAAGAAAGAGAAGAAAACAAAGACAGUUGAAGUACCCGGAUGGGAACUCAUGAAUACGCAAAAACCUCUUUGGACACGUGAUUCAAAAAAUGUCACCGACUUGGAAUAUGAAAACUUUUAUUUAUCUUUCUUCAAGGAGAGCAAUCCUCCCCUUGCCUGGACUCAUUACAAAGGUGAAGGUGAUGUCGAAUUCAAAGCUAUUAUCUACAUUCCUUCGAAGGCACCGGACAACCUUUUUCAAAAGAUCCAAGAUUACGCGCGUAACGUCAAACUAUUUGUUAAGCGCGUGUUUAUUACUGACGAAUUCUUGGAUUUCGUUCCGAAGUACCUAGCAUUCAUCAAAGCGAUCGUUGACGCCGAUGACUUACCUUUGAACGUUUCACGUGAAACUCUACAACAACACAAAAUCCUUCAAUUGAUAAAGAAACAUAUAAUCAAGAAAACUUUGGAUAUGAUCUCCAAUCUUUCAAAAGAUGAUGAAAAAUACGAGAAAUUUUUGAAAGAAUUUGGCGUUAGUCUUAAGGUUGGAGCUAUUGAAGAUGACAAUAAUCGAAAGAAAAUUGCGCAAUUAUUACGUUUUCCAACUUCCAAUAAAGAAUUAAAUUGGACGAGUUUGGAUGGAUAUAUUAGCAGGAUGAAGAAGAACCAGCAAGAUAUAUAUUUCCUCGCCGGAAGUUCUGUCGAAGAGAUUGAAAAGUCACCAUUACUUGAAGGUUUUAAAGUGUGGGGAUUCGAGGUCCUGUACAUGAUAGAUCCGAUUGACGAGAUGCUUGUUCAACGUAUGCCCGGCCACGGGGGUAAAAUAUUCAAGAAUAUUGCCAAGGAUGUUGAUGUCAACGUUGAUCUGGAAAAGAUGUCAAAAUUGAAAUUCAAAUUUUUGAAAUUAACUAACUGGAUACAGACAAUACUUUCUGAUUACGUCGAAAAAGUCAAGAUUUCCGAUCGCCUCACUACGUCGCCCUGUGCUGUUGUUGCCAAUCAGUGGGUUGAACACUCUACGAAAAUCAACAUAAUAGCUCAAGUUUUGAAGCAAGAGAACGAAUUUUUGAAAGAUUUCUAUGCGAAACAAAAGAGAAUUUUUGAAAUAAAUCCAAAUCACCCAUUAAUACUUGGACUCUUAGAAAAUGUUGAAAAUGAUAAAGCUGAUGAUAACGCGAAGGAGAUGGUCGAAGUUUUAUAUUCAACCGCUUUAAUUCGUUCUGGAUAUGAACUUGAUAAUAAACUAGAUUUUGCUACAAAGAUUGAAAAAAUUCUUCGAGCUAAUUUGGGUGUGGAUCUCAAUGCAGAAGCCGUAGUCGAUAUCAGUCCUAUUGUAGAUGAUGAUAAAGAUGAGGAAAAGAAACCAGUAGAUUUGUUUGACGAACUAGAUGACUCGACAGAUCCCACAAAACCGAAAUAG